UUGGUGUUCAAGUGGUCUAGCCUCCACUGGAAAGUUGACGGUGUGAUUUCCGGCCAACGCUGUGAGAUUCCGACCAAGUUUCCGGUUUCUCUCUGAGUCCGCCUGAUGUCGAUUAUGAGCAGCUCCCUGAGGCGAACCACCUCCAUUUCAAAAACCAUAGCCCCAGCCCUAACUCAUCUGAAAACCCUAAUUCAACCUUACUCAGCAACAGCUGUUGCACUAGAAAGCAGCACCAGCACAGCCUACAAUGAAGAAGAACCCGGGGCCAUCUCAAUGAAGGGUGUGAAGAUAUCAGGCCGUCCUCUCUACUUGGACAUGCAAGCCACCUCUCCUGUUGACCCUCGCGUCUUGGACGCCAUGCUCCCUUACUUUGUCUCUCACUAUGGAAACCCCCACUCGCGGACUCAUUUGUAUGGAUGGGAGUCGGAACAGGCAGUUGAGCGGGCACGUGAGCAAGUGGCCGCCUCGAUUAAUGCAUCCCCGAAGGAAAUUGUGUUCACGUCUGGGGCGACGGAGUCGAACAACAUAUCUGUGAAGGGAUUCAUGAGAUUUCAUAAGGAGUCUAAGCGCCAUGUUAUAACCACACAAACAGAGCAUAAGUGUGUUCUUGACUCAUGCCGGCACCUCCAGCAGCAAGGCUUUGAUGUCACGUAUCUCCCUGUAGGGAGCGAUGGGCUUGUUAAAUUGAGUGAUCUCGAGGCAGCAAUCAGACCAGACACCGGCUUGGUCUCGAUCAUGACGGUCAAUAAUGAGAUUGGAGUCGUGCAACCGAUGGCUGAGAUCGGGCAGAUAUGUAAGAAACAUGGCAUCGUGCUUCACACUGAUGCUGCUCAAGCCCUCGGUAAAAUCCCUGUGGAUGUUCAGGAAAUAGGGGUUGGGCUCAUGUCACUUAGCGCUCACAAAAUUUAUGGUCCGAAGGGCGUUGGGGCUCUAUACAUACGACGAAGGCCUCGUGUUCGAGUUGAGCCCCAAAUGAGUGGUGGCGGUCAGGAGCGAGGACUCCGCAGUGGGACGGUACCUACACCACUGGCAGUUGGGAUGGGAGCGGCCUGUGAGGUUGCGGUUAAGGAAAUGGAGUAUGACUCUAAACAUGUGCAGGUCCUGCAACAAAGAUUACUAAAUGGCAUUCGUUCUCGACUCGAUGGUGUGGUUAUUAAUGGCAGUGAAGAGCACAGGUAUUGGGGGAAUUUGAAUUUGUCGUUUGCUUAUGUUGAAGGUGAGAGUUUAUUGAUGGGGUUGAAGGAGGUGGCAGUGAGCAGUGGGAGUGCAUGCACGAGUGCAAGCUUGGAGCCGUCAUACGUGUUGAGGGCGUUGGGGGUGGAUGAGGACAUGGCACAUACUUCCAUCAGGUUUGGGAUGGGAAGGUUCACAACUGAGGAGGAAAUUGAUAGAGCAGUAGAGCUUACUGUGAAUCAGGUCGAGAAGUUGAGGGAGAUGAGCCCACUUUAUGAGAUGGUGAAGGACGGGAUCGAUAUCAAGAGUAUACAGUGGGCACAACAUUAGGAUAUCCAUAAAGAUCAUCACUUGGUACUAAUUUUUUUUUAUGAGGUAGUGGAAGUUUUCUGGCCCCUAGGGCAAUGAAGCUUGCUUUUUUGAGCACUAGAUGAAGGGGUAGUGGUGGUGCAGUGGUGGUGAACACACAGUUUUGAAUCACUUCACAUAUUUGCAAGAUGCUUGCUGGUUAAGAAGAAUGGUAACUGGGUCCAUUAGCCAUCCCAGUAGUAAGUUAUUGCUUGAAAAGCUGACAAUUGGGUGAAUAGACUUUUAUUGUUUCUCCCCUUUGUUUCAGGAUGUAUGGAAUUUGACUUCCUAUACUAUUUGUUAAUAUUUGUAGUUGAAAUCUGUGAGAUUUAUGUUUUGGUGUUGGUAUGAUCUUUUAAUUUCUGUAAAUACAAGCAAGGAUAAAUUUGAGUUGAUGAAACUAUGCUAUAGUGUUCACUGAAUGGGUCAUUUAAGUGGAAAGAUGCAGUUUCUGUUC